UGGGACCCCCGGGCAAUAGGGGAUCAUGGAGCCCCUGUGUCCUUACCCAAACUCAAAAAAGCCUAUGAAAAAGGUACUAGAGGCAUCUCAUGGGGCCCCCUACUGACCCCGGGCCCUCGGGUAGUGCCCAAGUUUCCAAAUGGUAAGUCCGCCCCUGGUCAGAAGUGACAUCUUGCUUACUACUCUGCAUGGGUGGACUGACAACUCAUGGGACCCCCGGGCAAUAGGGGAUCAUGGGGCCCCUGUGUCCUUGCCCAGACUUAAAAAGCCUAUGAAAAAAGGUACCAGGGGCAUCUCAUGGGGCCCCCUAAUGACCUCGGCCCUCGGGCAGUCCCCGAGUUUCCAAAUGGUCAGUCCGCCCCUGCAC